UUGCGGCUGUAAUGGCUGCCCCCGGCCGGCGCGGGGCUGUGAUCUUUCGAGCAGUGUUAGGGUUUUGGCAGCUGGGCCCUGUCUCUGGGAGGGAGUGGGUCCCGUCCCUCUUGGGCUGUCAGCGGAGGUGCGUGUUCUGUGUCGCGGGCGCCGCUUCCUCUGGUCCCCUCCUGGCCUCGGCUUCUAGGCGUUAUGGCCAGAACUCAGCCCUGGACCGCUUCCUGGGACUCUCUCAGCCCGACAGUUCGUUGCCGUUGACUCCUCAUGUCCCCGCCGUGUCCAUGCACAGAGAUGAGCAGGAUCUCCUCUUGGUCCAUCCCCCCAACAUGCCUGAGAACCCCCGCGUCCUACGAGUGGUCCUCCUGGGUGCCCCGAAUGCAGGGAAGUCAACACUCUCCAACCAGCUGCUGGGCCGAAAAGUGUUUCCUGUCUCCAAGAAGGUGCACACUACUCGCUGCCAAGCUCUGGGGGUCAUCACAGAGGAUGAAGCCCAGGUGAUUCUACUUGACACACCUGGCCUGAUCAGUCCUGUUAAACAGAAAAGGCACCAUCUGGAGCUCUCUUUGUUGGAAGAUCCAUGGAAGAGCAUGGAAUCUGCUGAUCUGGUUGUGGUUCUUGUGGAUGUCUCUGACAAGUGGACUCGGAACCAGCUCAGCCCCCAAGUGCUCCAGUGCUUGACCCAGUUCUCCCAAGUCCCCAGCAUCCUUGUCAUGAACAAGGUAGAUUGCCUAAAGCAGAAAUCAGUUCUCCUGGAGCUCACAGCAGCCCUCACUGAAGGUGUGGUCAAUGGCAAGAAGCUCAAGAUAAGGCAGGCCUUCCGCUCACAGCCAGGCAUCCAGUGCCACAGCCCAGCAGCUAAGGAACCAAACACACAGUCUGUUGGAGGCCCUCGGAGGACUGGGUGGCCCCACUUCCGGGAGAUCUUCAUGUUGUCAGCCCUAAGCCAGGAGGAUGUGAAAACACUAAAGCAAUACCUCCUGGCACAGGCCCAGCCAGGGCCCUGGGAGUUCCAUAGUGAAGUCCUCACUAGCCAGACGCCUGAGGAGAUCUGCACCAACAUCAUCCGUGAGAAACUCCUAGAGCACCUGCCCCAGGAGGUUCCCUACAAUGUGCAGCAGAAAACAGUUGUGUGGGAGGAAGGGCCAAGUGGGCAGCUGGUGAUCGUACAGAAGCUUCUGGUGCCCAAAGAAUCUCAUGUGAGGAUCCUGAUUGGUCCAAAGGGGCACCUGAUUGCCCAGAUUGCAGAGGAGGUGGGCCGAGACCUCAUGAACAUCUUUCUCUGUGAGGUUCAGCUACGCCUCUCUGUGAAGCUCCUUGAUUGACCACCCUCUGCUAUGCCUCCGAAGCUAUCCCAGCCCAAGCUUCUGGCAGGAGCUACUGACCAGAAUUGUCCCUGCCUGGGACUUGCAGGGACUGGUGAGGAGCAUGGAUAUUGACUGACUGACUCUGGCUGGCCUGGCUGGCCUAGUCUGCACAGCCUCUGCCCAGCCAUGUCUUGUAUUGGAAGAAGGAACCUACCUAGCUCAGUCCCCAGGUAAUUCCUCUCACUGGGGCCACAGCUGCUUAGGUCUAGAAGUUGGCCCCUUGGUGGGAGCAGUGUCACCCUGCUUCCUCCUGUCAUUGGGCUCAGAGUUUCUCCCUGAGUUUUCAGUUGUUAGCAGAGGGGGGAUCUUUUUCCUCCCCCUCAUACCUUCCACCUUGAAGCCGUGUAAGGACCCGUGUGUCCUGAGUGAGAUAAUGCCUCCCACCUGCUCCCCAAGUCCUUGAUCCCUACCACCCCACCAACCUCCCAUUCUUGGAUACUAAUAAAGUUAAAACACAA